CGGAUGCUCUCGCAGGUGGUGAUUUACUAUCCAGCCCCGCCCAGCUGCCCGCCCAGCUGGUAGGCGGAAACCGGGAGAGAGUGUACUCCAUAAACUACUCGAGGUUCGGACAGGUUCCCCUCUUCAGCCGUGGUAUCUUGCACGCGGAAGUGAGUUUGGACGCCAUCGCCACGUCUCGGCAGAUCCGGCAAAAUGGCGCGUGGUAUCAAGAAGCAUUUGAAGAGGCUCAAUGCCCCGAAGCAUUGGAUGCUUGACAAGCUUGGUGGCGUCUUUGCCGCCAAGCCGUCCCCCGGCCCGCACAAGGAGAGGGAAUGCCUCCCCUUGAUCAUCAUGUUGAGGAACAGGUUGAAGUACGCGCUAACGGGGCGUGAGGUCACUGCUAUUCUCAUGAACCGACACGUGGCGGUUGAUGGCAAGGUCCGCACGGAUAAAUGCUACCCAGCUGGCUUCAUGGAUGUCGUGACGAUCCCGAAGGUCGACGAGAACUACCGUUUGCUGUACGACGUUAAGGGACGAUUCGUUUGCCACCGCAUCUCGCACGAGGAAGCUAAGUACAAGCUGUGCAAGGUUCGCGCUCACGCCAUGGGAUCCAAGGGUGUGCCUUACAUCACCACGUACGAUGGGCGUACUAUUCGUUAUCCCGACCCUCUCAUCAAAGCUAAUGAUACGAUCAAGCUGGACCUCGAGACGGGAAAGCCCAAGGAGUUCGUCAAAUUCGAUAUCGGCAACAUGUGCAUGGUGACAGGAGGGCGUAACAGAGGGAGAGUGGGUGUCAUUCAGCACAGGGAGAGACAUAAGGGAAGUUUCGACAUUGUGCACAUCAAGGAUGCAGUUGGACACCAGUUUGCCACCCGAAUGGGGAAUGUGUUCGUCAUUGGACAGGGUGUGAAGCCUUGGGUCUCGCUCCCCAGAGGCAGAGGGGUUAAGCUCUCGAUCGUCGAGGAGAUGAGGAAGGGCAAGGGUGCUGCUGCCAAGACCGCUGCUUAAGUCUCUUCUUGGCUGUUUUUCGAAGAAGGGUCGGACGUCGGGACGUGUCUGAUCAAUGAUUGCGUCAAAUGCUGCCUGGGGCUGGAAUUGUUAAGAGGAAUUUGAGGACGGUGGCUGUUGCGAAUUCAUCAUGUCUGCUGCAGGAAUGUGGUCGAUAAUGUAGAUGAUAUGUUAACUUCAGUGCCAUUUUUAUGGCGGCGGCUUUUUUCUAGUGAGACGUUUAGUGUACGGAUUGAUACCGGGGCGGCAUUAAAUGCUGAAGGACCUCCGAGAGCGUGUCGUCCGCUUGCAAAUAGAGGCCACGCUUUCUUGCCUGAGGGUUCCGAAUGAAAAUGUUCAUCGACGUGAGUGCUUAAAUGGGACUUGAUGCUCGCAGAGACUUGUUGGGCUGUGUGAGUAACGAUUGUAUUACUUGUGAAGGGAUUGGAAAGAAACGGCGUUGGGUGAUUAUAUGGAGUUUUUUUUUCGCUUCGUCACCAGAAUUGUGUUGAGAUGGACGAGGAAAAAGACGCAUGUCGGCAUCCGUGUCAAACUUGAGUCCUUACAAUAUGAAGCUUCUCUCCGAGUCUUCGACUAUUGUUUUCGUUUCUCAUUUGUAUGUUUGUCGUGUGCGUGCAUUUUCACUUUGCGUGUUUCAGUGUGACAUGUUUGCAACGAUUUCUUGUUUCUGUGUUUUUCCUUUACCUUCGAUUCCAUUGUUUUCGACGAUCGUAAUGCUUUGUGAACGUUUCUGUUUCCUGUAUCUCGCGCCAUCGUCUCUUUACCGUUUUCUCCUGGACACAAAUCGUCAUCAUGACCGUAUCGAACCGGAAAGACAGCUCGUAUGCAUUGAUGAUGCGGGUUGGAUAUGUCCUUGGGAAUGAUGCUCUCGAUGUUCCCAGUCCAAUUCACCUCUCGCUGCUCGGUUCGUUCGGUGUCUCUUCUACUUGGUGUUGUAUGUGUGUUCUCGCCCGAGUGAGUCUUCUACGCUUUGGCGUUCGUCUUCUUUCCUAUCUCAAUCGAAAUUUAGGGUUGAUAUUCCCGGACUUACAUGCACUCUAAUUCCCGGAUUUAUAUGUUAUCUACUUCCAAAAAAACAUCGUUGGUCUUCAACGUUUGCCUCUACGUCUCUGUUUCUGAUUUGUAGUUUUCCGUCUUUCUGGAUGCUAUGCUAUGCGCUCCCUUGCCCUCAUUUCUAUCCGUUCUCAUUGGUUUCCAAGUCUACAUGCUUUUUCGCAUUGAACCGUCUAUUGUUUACAAUGCGUCUCCAUGUGUAUGUCGUCCGUUGUUGUCCUCUGUUUUUUCUGCGUUCCGCUCCCUCUUUGCGGCUGGUUCUCUCAGGUCAGCUUUUGUCAGUUCUUUCCCUGAUGUGUAUUUCCCCCCCUUCAUUUCUCAAUUUCGUCUCGUUUCUCCGUCUGUUCGUCUUUCCGUGCUCUGUUUCCUACCAUCACUGGUUUGGUCCCGCCACCAGCCUUCGUCCAUUGUUCCACCAUCAUUUUGGCUGUGCGUGACUGGAAAUAUAGCGUGUAUACAUUCAUUAUUAGGGUACGUUGUGUUGGGGGGAAGACCGUAAUGUGGUGUCCUCCACCCGUGUCUGUCAAUCGUCGGUCUCUGCCAAUUGCCGGCACGACGUGCGCUUGCAAGUAUGAUUAAAAUUGAUUAUGAACUGAGAUGGUUCGCCUCAGUAUAUACGCCGAGGGAACCUGCGGCGGCAUUGAUUGCUCCUUGCGAUAGGCAGAGGAAGGAUUCAAUGGCCAUUCUAGUCCUCCACUCCUUAUCGGCAUCGCCGUUAACGC